AUGCUUCCUCCAUGGAACAAGCCUCCUAAGUUAGCAAGGAAAACUGGGCAGAUCAGGCUGGGCAAGAGAGCCGAUCUGAAGGGUGGCAUGAAUGACCUGUCCCCAUGUGUUCCUUCCACUGUAAAAGGAGUAGAAACAUUAAUGCUUGGGGAAAUGUUGACUUUGCCUCAGAACUUUGGAAAUAUAUUCUUAGGAGAGACAUUUUCCAGCUACAUUAGUGUACAUAAUGACAGUCAUCAAGUGGUAACAGAUAUUUUGGUAAAGGCUGACCUACAGACAAGUUCACAGUGUUUAAAUCUUUCAGCCUCCAGUUCUGCAGUGGCAGAACUCAAACAAGACUGUUGCAUCAAUGAUGUAAUUCACCAUGAAGUAAAAGAAAUAGGGACACACAUCUUAGUGUGUGCUGUAAGCUACACCACACAGACAGGUGAGAAGAUGUACUUCAGAAAGUUCUUCAAAUUUCAGGUCCUCAAACUCCUAGAUGUGAAAAUGAAAUUCUACAAUGCUGAGACUGAUGAAGUCUUUUUGGAAGCUCAGAUUCAGAACAUCACAACUUCUCCAAUGUUUAUGGAGAAGGUGUCAUUGGAGCCUUCAAUGAUGCACAAUGUAGCAGAAUUAAAUGCUGUUGGCCAAGGUAGAGAAAGCUUGUAG